AUGAAUAUAAUUAAUUAUUUUAAGAAUGGGAAUAAUAAUAAUGGGCAUUCAAGUGGUGUUGGUAGUAGUGGUCAUUCAUAUUAUUCAAAUAAUAAAGGCACAAGUUUUGUACCAUCACCAGUUUUAUAUAUGACACCAAUGGCACCCAUAGAUUAUGGAUGUCCAGAUGAUAUGUUAGAUGAUGGUAGAAGUGAUACUGCCCCAUCUUCACAAAAUACAAGUCCAAUGUAUCAACAUCAUAAUUUUCAUAAUAAUCAUAAUAAUACACAUAAUCAUAACAACAACAAUAAUAAUAAUAAUAAUAAUCAUGAACAACCAAAUUGUGCAUUAGAAUUUUUAGAACAUCAUCUUUCAUUCGAAACCAAAUAUGGUGUAAACGUUUCACAGGGUAAUAGAAAAUAUCAAGAAGAUCGUCAUAAAGUUAAAAUGGGUUUAGAAAAUAAUCAAUAUCUUUCAUUAUUUGGUGUAUUUGAUGGUCAUGGUGGAGAUAGAGCAUCAAAUUUUGUAAAAAAGAAGAUUGUAAAUUGUGUAAAUAAAUAUGUUAAAGAAAAUAAGGCAGGUUAUUCAAGUAAAAAUUUAAAUUCAUCAAGUUCACCAACAGGUUCGACAUCAUCAGCUUCAUCAAGUGGUUCGAGUAGCAGUUCAGCAUCAUCGAGUGGUGGUGGGGGUGGUGGAGGAGGUCCAUUGAAUGGGUCAUCAUCAUCAAUUGGUAUGCCUCAUGCAUCUACCAUUUCACCAACACCAUCAAGUGGAAAUAGUAGUACAAGUAGUGGUGCAAGUAGUAGUGGAGUUUCAUCAGCAAAUUCACCAAUUGGUGUUGGUUUCGAUAGUCCUGGUUGGAUGAAAUUCAAUCAUUUAUAUAAUCAAAAUAACUUUCAACAAGAGAUACAAAAUAGAAGUGAAUUUUUACAGGCAGCACUUUACAAUACAUUUCAAUUCCUCGAUAAUAGGUAUUGUAAAAAGUAUAGACAAAAAGGUGAUGGCGGUACCACUUGUUUAGUCGCCCUAUUAUCAAAUCCACCAAAUGCUCAACCAUUACUUGUCGUUGCAAAUGCUGGUGAUUCAAGAGGUGUACUUUGUAGAAAUGGUAAAGCAUAUGCAUUAAGUUAUGAUCAUAAACCUGGUAAUCCAAAAGAGAAACAAAGAAUAACAAGUAGUGGAGGUAAAAUCGAAUGGGAUUUUAAUGAAAGAAUAUGGAGAGUUUCAGGUAUAUUAUCAGUUUCAAGGGGUAUUGGUGAUAUACCUUUGAAGAAAUGGGUUAUUUGUGAUCCAGAAUUUGUUGUUUUCCCAUUAAAAGGUCCAAUUAGAAAAUCAAAUUCAUCUCGUUACACUUCUCCAUCAUCUUCCUCGUCAUCAUCAUCUUCUUCUUCUUCUUCUUCUUCUUCCUCUUCACCUUCAUCUCCAAAAGCAUUUAGAUCAUCACCUCAAAUCAAUAGAUUCUUUUUUUCACCCUCAUUUAAAAACAAAACAAUAAGUAAUAGUACAGGAUCAUUACCACCUCCAUCGACAAAUAAUUCUCCACAACAACCACCUCCAAUUUUACAUCAAAAUAAUAUUUCUUCACCAGUUUCAAGUAUUUCUGAAGCUCAACCAUUUAAUUCCAUUGAUAAUCAAAAUAAUAAUAAUAAUAAUAAUAAUAAUUCAAAAUUAAUAUCAACAUCACCACCAAAUCAUAAAAUGUAUUAUUGUUCUAACCAUCAAUAUAAUUAUGGAGAAGUUGAUCAAUUUUUUGUUUUGGCAACUGAUGGUAUUUGGGAUGUUUUUGAAAAUCAAGAAUUGGUUGAAUUUAUUAAUGCAAUAAUUGAAGAAUCUUAUCAUUCAAAAAGAUUAGAUUGGGAUCCAAAUGAAAUUUCAAAAAGAGUUGUUCAGGAAGCUUAUAGAAAAGGUAGUGGUGAUAAUGCAACAGUCUUAAUUAUAAAACUAUAUUGGUAA